GCGCCUUUUCGUGCCACCACCGCCUCUGCCUCCGCCAUUCACUUCUCCGUACUCGUAUUUCCAACACACUCCUUUGUAUUCAGACAUUCAGUCAUUUUGGCUCCCUUUUCAUCCAUUACGGCGCCGGCUCUUUCAUCACCAAAACGAGACGAUAGGGAUUCCUUGCUGUGUCUGCCAGUACAAGCAAGAUCUUUCCCUGGCAGGAAUCCUCAUAAACAACCCUGGGAGAUUGGAAAUUGGACUGCCUCGUUGCAUCAUCCCGCGCGAUACGGAGUUGUUACUCGAGACGACAUCAUAGACCGCCAAAUCGAGACAACGAAAGGAAGCGCGAUCAAGAAUAGAUUCGAGAUAUUGCAGGGGAUUAGAAGUACGACGAAUUCCGCGCUACACUGCGAAAACACCAACCGCCCACCGACACCACCGAGCAUAGCAGACCCAAAUCGCAGACUCAGACUCAGACUGCUCGCAUGAGCAAUAGCGGCCAAAAUGCUGCUGGGACUGAACGGCACAUGUAAUGCGACGCUGGACGAUUUGCGGAGUACGUUUGCCAUGGUUGGAAAUGAUGAUGCUACAAGAGGGAAUGCUAACAGUGCGUAGUUGGCGGUUCGGAGAUCCCUCUGAUAGGGAUUUGGACAUUUCAUGAGAUCGGUCUCAUCGCUGCGCCUGCAAGUGCAUUGAUUGCUCUGAUAGUGUCUUUCUACCUAAUGCUUAUGCAUGCGCUGCAUUAUACCAAACCCUAUGAACAACGGCAGUACGUCUGGAAGGCAAACCAACAUCUGAUGGACUUGCGCUAAUCAUCAGUAGCAUCAUUCGUAUUUUAUUAAUGAUACCCGUCUACGCGACCUCAGCCUUUCUCUCCUUCAAAUUCUACUGGCAUGCCAUAUACUUUCAGGUCAUUUCCGAUUGUUACGAGGCCUUUGCGAUAGCCUCUUUCUUUGCACUCAUGUGCCAUUACAUUGCGCCAAGUUUACAUGAACAAAAACUUUACUUUCGUACCAUUACACCGGUGAAGUGGGUGUGGCCAGUAUCCACGAUGUGGAAAUGCUGUUGUGGGGAUGCUGGGCCGUGGAGAACUCCUCGAAGUGGUUUGACCUGGUUCAAUAUCAUAUGGCUGGGGGUUUACCAGUAUUGCUUUGUUCGAGUGGCCAUGACUAUUACUGCAGUUGUGUCUCAAUAUUUUGAGAAAUAUUGCGAAUCCUCUAAUUCUCCCUUGUUUGCGCAUAUUUGGGUAUGUACAACAUAUUAUAAUCCGCUAGCGAAGUAGAUACUAACAAGCACAGACACUUUGCCUUAAUGCCACAGCAGUCACAAUCGCCAUGUACUGCUUGAUUCAAUUUUACGUCCAACUCCGUACUGACCUCUCACCUCACCGUCCAUUCUUGAAGGUUUUGGCCAUCAAAUUGGUCAUCUUCCUUUCUUUUUGGCAGGCUUUUACCAUCAGCAUAUUGACCUCAACUUUUAAAGUCGUCACGCCGACGCCAUAUUUAGCAUAUCCAGACCUCAAAGUGGGCAUUCCUUCUUUAUUAUUAUGCGUAGAGAUGGCCAUAUUUGCGGUUUUGCACUUAUGGGCGUUCCCAUGGGCGCCAUAUAAAGUCGGCGCCGAAGUUAGGGAUUACCCAAUGUCGAUGGCAUCUGGUUUAUCGCCGAAGAACGUGCAGGGUCACAAGCAAGGUGGGUUUCUAGGGUGGAGGGCAUUUGUGGAUGCUCUGAAUCCAUGGGAUCUUGUCAAGGCUUUUGCGCGUUCCAUGCGAUGGUUGGUUGUGGGUCGAAAGAAGCGAGAACAGGACAGCUCAUAUGCGCGAAACCUAGGAAAUGAGAAUGACAUGGCCUUAGAGGGUGGAAGAGAGAACGGUCUCAACACGGAGGGUUACAAGAGACCUGUCAACCUUCCUAUUGCAGACGAAUUCCGGAGAAGCAGAUUCGGCAUGCCUCAGGGCGCGAUGGGAGGGAAUUUACCGAGCGAAGAGGGAGCUGCGUUGAUUGCACAUGCUCAACCACAUUCUUCGAUCAGCUCUGGGCGGCCCUACACCCCAGCGCGAGAACGUUAUGACGCCGAUGGACGAGAUAUCAGCCCGUACCCACACAGAUACGCAGACAGCCCUGGUGGGAUGGCAGAUCGAACCCCAGAUCCAGCCCACCCAGUACUACUGAGGAGUUCAGACAAUUAUUCGCAAGAAGAUAUUGGAAUGGCAGUCUCGGACCCUAGUCCUUAUCAGCCAUAUCAGCCUUACCAGCAACGAGAACCAACGGCGGCUGAGAUCUACCUGGAGCAAAAAAGACAGGAUCGAAGACAAGUCCAUAAUCCUUCGGAGCAAUGGGCGAAUUCGAAACAACCUAGGGAUCCUGAUCAAAAUGCCUUUUAAGAAAGAGCUGAUGGGAUUGGAAUCUGUAUAGUACAUUAAGCAAGCAUGCUUCCUCCUUUUCCUCGUGUGUUUUUAGCGGGAGUAGGGGGUUCAUUGCAUUCAUUGUCGAGUCUGGAUCCUAAUUGUUGGUAUAUAUCCUGUACAACGCGGCACGGCUGGAGGCAUUUUCAUUUUACUGUUUUGCAUGGGAUGGCGUUUUCAUCUGAUUCCCUUUUUCGUUCCUUUCGAGUUUUUCUUUUUUUGUCUAAGCCAUGCAAUGAUCAAUGGCGGGGUUGUAUCAGAAGUCAGGUGGGGCGAGGUGAAGCGAGACUUCCUAAGUUUUGCGUUGUAGAUAUGAUAUGGUAUUGCGUUACGCAUCAUAGGAUGGGUGGUUGAGGUGUGCGUCUUAGUAAUGGGCUUGUGGUUUGCAGCAGCCGAGUUGGGUGGUGGUGGGUAGUUGGUCGAGAGGAAAUACGGGCUGAUGCUAGGUGUGGGGUGCGAGGUGCGAUGGUGUGGAUAGAAAGUAGAAAAUGAAUACCAGUUUGAGAGGUCUUACUUGUG